AGUAACGUUCAGAUUUAAGUUUUAUUAAAGAAAAUAAUUCUUUUGUUAAAAAAUUAUAAUUUUCUUUUGCACUAUUAUGUUUGCUAGAAUAUGUAUAUGUACGGGAAAACCUCAAGUUUUAAAGUGCAUAUGACAAUUGCCGAUUACGUCAUUAGUGUAGGUUUGGGACUUCCCACUUUUUCAUUUGUAACAUCGCAAUGACAAGUAAUAUGUUUUCCUAGGAAAUUCAUGCACGUCUAUAGAAAAACCAGUUUGAUAAUUUAAGAUUAUGAAGAUAAUUUUGUUCAAGGAAAUGAUUACGCGCGACUCUUACAUCAUAGAUUUUCUAUUGUUUUAGUGCAAUUAAAUACUAAACAAAAAUGUAUUCGCAUUGGCUUUACAUUCUUUUCCUGGUUUACAUGCCUGCAAAAAUACAAGCAGAAUCAUAUUAUAGUAUAAUUGCGCCAAAAGUGGUCCGACCUGAUUCUGAAUAUCAUGUAGCAUUAAGCACAAUUGGUAUCUCAACAACAUCAACGAUAUACGUUGAAUUAAAUGGUCAGCUAGACAAUGGGGAUAUAUAUAAUAUAUCCCAAGUUGUACCAGUGCAGCCAUAUUCUACAAGAAUUUUAAGGCUUGAGAUCGGAGAUGUUAUACCUGGAAAGUAUCAACUGGUUGCACGUGGUCUAUCAGGAAUUGAGUUCUCCGAUUCAAAACCUGUUGAAUAUGUUCACAAGAGUUAUUCAGUUUUCAUUCAAACCGACAGAGCAAUCUACAAACCAGGGAAUAAAGUCAUGUUCAGAUGCAUUCUAUUAAAUUCAAGACUCAGGCCUACUCUUGCUAGAUUAAUAGAUAUUUUCAUUACAGAUGGAAAAAGUAACAGAAUUAAGCAAUGGAAACGUCCAUCUGUGACACAUGGAAUAUUUAAUGGUGAAGUCGAAUUAUCCGAGUCACCUGUAUUAGGUACUUGGAAAAUCACUGCUAACAUCGGUGAUCAAAUAUUUGAGAAAGAGUUCGAAGUUGCAGAAUAUAUUCUCCCCAAUUUUGAAGUCAGCAUAGUUGCUUCCAAACAUUUUACAUUUAAAGACACAAAAAUUAUUGCUACAGUUUACGCAAAGUAUACUUAUGGCAAGCCGGUAAAGGGUGAAGCAACAAUUACAGUUUAUCCUGAUAUUUUCUCUAGCGUUAUUCAACCAAUUUAUCAACAGCCUGUACGAAAAGUGAUACCUAUCGAUGGAAAGGCGGUAGUUGAUUUUGAUAUCGAAUCUGAACUUAGAUUAUCCGAUGACUAUGAAAGACCAGUUAUGAUUGAUGUUGCGGUAGAAGAAUCUUUAACUGGUAGAAGACAAAAUACAUCUAUGCAAGUAACACUGCACAAGCAUAAAUACAAAAUGGAAUUGAUAAAAACAUCAGAAUAUUAUAAACCUGGUUUAAAAUAUACAGCAUUUGUAAAACUGACAUAUCACGAUGGGACACCAGUUCAAGAUAAUAAAAAUCCUGUCACGAUAAUGUAUGGAUAUACUUAUAAUCAAUCUGCAUAUACCAUUAUUAAUAAAAUGUUAGAUAAAAAUGGUAUGGUACAACUGGACUUCUACCCAUCAAAAACUAAUGAUAACAUUUCAUUACCUUUAAAUAUCGAGGCACAAUAUCUAAAUUUACACGAAUGGUUUCCAUCAACAAAUCAAGCAAUGUCUCAGAACAACGAAUAUCUACAAGCUAUUUUGAAAACUGAAAUCCCCAUGGUUGGUCAUGACAUUGAAAUUGAAGUAAACUCUACAAUUCCAUUAAAAUAUAUUAAUUAUGAAAUAUUCGGACGCGGUGAUAUACUAGAUGCUGGUUCUAUAUAUGUACAAAAUAAGUAUACAACAACUUUUAAAUUUUUGGCAACAUAUGUUAUGGCGCCUACUGCACAUAUAAUUGUAUAUUAUGUAGGAAACGAUGGAGAAGUGAUCGCAGACGCUUUAGAUGUAGACUUGGAAGGAGUACUUCAAAACUUUGUUGAUAUUAAUAUCGCACCCGGCGAAGUUGGACCAGGAGAAAAUGUUAAUUUAGUCAUCACUUCAAAACCAAAUUCAUAUGUUGGUUUAUUAGGUGUGGACCAGAGAUCGAUUUUAUUAAAAUCUGGCAAUGAUAUUUCACGUGAACAAGUAUAUAAAGAGUUAAAAUCAUACGAUAUGGUAAGAGAUUCACCAUAUAUGGACUCAGUUUUUGACCGAUACCUUUGGAGUCGUGGAUCAGCUACAGCGAAUGAUGUUUUUAGCGAAAGCGGUGCUAUUAUUAUGACAAAUGGAUAUGUUCAUGAAAAUUUUCCAAUUCGACAACCGGGAAUAUUGGAAGGUAGAAUAACAGGCUCGCCUCAUGGUGCAUCUACACUUCGGCCAGACAUUGGUCCGCCCGUUACGCACAAACUAGCAACAAGACCACCAUUGGCAGGUCCUUAUGCCUUCUCUCGCAUCCCACCUCCUGUCUGGAAUAAGCCCCGUGUAUUCCUAAUGCAUGACAUCUUAAACACCUGGCUUUUUACAAACUUCUCUUCAGGAUACGAUGGGAAGAACGAACUGAAAAGGAAUGUGCCCGAUUCAAUUACAUCGUGGGUAUUGACGGCAUUUUCUUUGAACGAUGUUGACGGGCUGGGUCUCAUAGAAGAGCCACGAAAGUUAAAAGUUUUUAGACCGUUCUUUAUUGCUAUGGAUCUCCCUUAUUCCGUAAUCCGAGGAGAAAUUGUUGCAAUACAAAUUGUGGUUUUCAACUAUAUGAACAAGUCCGUAGACGCAGAAGUUUUACUAACGCAUGAAGGUCAAUUUGACUUUGCCGAAAUAUCUAAUGAUGUACAUGAUGUACCAAAAUUAGAAUUAUAUCGGAAAAAGAAAGUGGAAGUAAAAGCUAAUUCUGGUUCUAGUGUAUCAUUUAUGAUCAUUCCAAGAGAUUUAGGCUACAUUACUAUUAAAGCAACCGCAAAUAGCAUAUUAGCUGGUGACAGUAUCGAACGUAAACUACUUGUAAAAGCUGAAGGAGAAACACAGUUCUUUAAUAAAGCUGCUUUCUUAGAUCUUAAAAACUCACAUAGUACAACAACAUAUUUCAAAAUAGACAUACCCAAAAAUGCUGUACCCGGUUCUGAACAUAUCGAAAUCUCUGCAGUAGGUGAUAUUUUGGGCCCUAGUAUUUUAAAUUUAGCAAAUUUAAUUAAAAUGCCUUUUGGUUGUGGAGAACAAAACAUGUUAAAUUUUGUUCCAAAUAUAAUGAUAUUAAAUUAUCUCAAUAAUACAAAUCAGUUGACACAAGCUGUAGAAGGUAAAGCUUUAAAAUAUAUGGAAAUAGGUUAUCAAAGAGAAUUGACGUACAGACAUGACGAUGGAUCAUUUAGCGCAUUUGGCAAGUCUGAUGCCAAUGGAAGUACAUGGCUUACAGCUUUCGUAGCAAAGGCUUUCAAGCAAGCUAUGAAAUAUAUUCUGGUUGAAGAUAGAAUAAUAGACGAAGCUCUACAAUGGCUAUCAAACAAUCAAGCUCCAAAUGGAAGUUUUCCUGAAAUAGGGAAGGUUAGUCAUCGUGACAUGCAAGGUGGGGCUGCAAAAGGUCUUGCAUUGACAGCAUUCACUCUUAUAACUUUCCUCGAAAACGAUGAUUACAAUGGAAAAUAUCGCAACACAAUAAACAAAGGAAUUGAUUAUAUUGUCCGUAAUAUGAAUGAUCUAGAUGAUAUUUAUGCCUUGAGUAUUUGCACGUAUGCCUUAAAUUUGGCAAAGCACCCAUACGAAAAUGCUGCAUUUACUUUAUUGGAAUCCAAAGCUAUGGGAAAAGGAGACCUUAAAUGGUGGAGUAAACCUGUACCUAAGGACGAUAAAAAUCCAUGGUAUUCUUUACCAAGAUCUGUUGACGUAGAAAUGACAUCGUAUGCUUUAUUAACUUAUCUCAAACAUAAUCUAGUCACUGAUUCCAUAGCUCUAAUGAAAUGGCUUAUAAAACAAAGGAAUGCCGAAGGUGGUUUUGCAUCUACACAGGAUACUGUGAUCGGAAUACAAGCAUUGGCAAAACUAGGUGAAAAACUAGCAUCAAAGAGUAAUGCUAUUUCAAUAACAUUUAUGUAUGAGGGAGGUGGACAAAGUCAGAUGAAUAUAAAUUCUGAUAAUUCUAUGAUACUUCAAAAACAUGGACUUCCCAGGAAAACACGGUCAGUUAAUGUAACAGGCACUGGUAGUGGAUUUGCUUUGGUCCAAAUUUCAUUUCAGUAUAAUUUAAAUGUAACCGGAGCUUGGCCACUCUUUACUUUGGACCCUCAAGUUGAUAAAAAUUCCAAUGCAAAUCAUUUGCAACUUUCAAUUUGUUCUGGUUUUGUGCCAACAAAAGAAGCCAAUGAGAGUAACAUGGUUGUGAUGGAAGUUAGUCUACCAUCUGGUUUUACUGCAGACAGAGAUUCGUUACCUAGUCUUGAGGUUUCGCAAAACGUAAAACGAGUAGAAACUAAAGACGGAGACACGGUUGUAAUACUAUAUUUUGAUAAGAUGGACAGACGUGAAUAUUGUCCAACAGUAUCUGCAUUCAGAACACACAAAGUUGCAAAACAAAAGCCAGUACCAGUUACUAUAUACGACUAUUAUGAUUCCUCAAGAAAAGCAAGAGUAUUUUAUGAACCACGGAAAGCGACACUUUGUGAUUUAUGCAAGGAAGAAGACUGUGAAGAUUUAUGUGUAUCACAACUUGGUAAACAAGAAGAUUCCUCUCAAUCUGCUGCUUCAUGUCAAACAAUCUGUACAUACUUACAAUUAUUAUUACUUGUAUUCUUCUCUGUUAAAUAUUUUGAAUACUUUUAGUUACAACUUUCCAAAAACAUUCUAUAGUUUUGUUAAAAAACAAAAAGAAAAAAAACAAUUACAAGGCUUUUAGUAAACAUACAACCAAAGUACAUCACACGCAAAAGUUAAUGUGUGUACAUUAACGCAGUUAUGUAUGAGCUUUAAACCAAUUCGAAUUCAGUGUUUUAAAUCGUAGAAUGUAUAAUAUUUUACCGUAGCAGAAAGGUACUCUACUUAACAAAUCAAAUGAAUGAAAUUUUUGUUACAUACUGACACUUUAUGUUGCAGUAAAUAUACACUGUAUUGUUACUGAUAAUAAAUUGUUACUUGUUCACUUACAAUUAAGAUUAUAGGAAAACUAGUGCUUAUUAAAGAUGAACUUCUCUAAAAUAAUGGAAUGUAGUUUCAUAUACCACUUACAUUUUAAAUGUAAAUUGUACAUAACCUUAUAAAGUUUACUAGUCAAAUUGUCACUCGAGAGUAUCAAGUUUAGGUAUAUGUAUCCGCAUAUACUUAUUAACGUUGCUUCCAUUAGGAACUGUUCAAUGAAUACAUAACAUUGAACUGCGCAAAUUAAUAAAAAAAAAA